CGAGGGAGCGCGCGAGACGGGGGCACGGAGCGAGCGCGAGACGGAGCUCGAGACCGGGCGCGAGCCGGGGGCACCGGGCGGCUGCGGCGGCGCGCGCCAUGUUCGCUGAGAUGAACCGCAGGACGCUGGCGUUCCGAGGAGGCGGGCUGGUCACCGCCAGCAGCGGCGGCGGCGGCGGCUCCACGAACAAUAACGGUGGCGGCGGGGAGGCCUCGGCCUGGCCGCCCCAGCAACAGCCGCGGCAGCAACAGCAGCUCAAUGGGCGGGGGGCAGACGAGGAAGUGGAACUGGAGGGCCUGGAACCCGAAGACCUGGAGGCCGCCGCCGCCACGGCCGCCCCUGCCCCUGCCGCCGUCGCCGUCGCCGCCGCCGCCGAGGAAGGGAAGGACCUGCUUCUCGCGCAGGACGGGGGCGGCCCCGCCUCGCUGGGCGGUGGCGGCGGCGGCAGCGGCGGCGCCGGGGGCCCCAUGUUCCCCGAGAGGAACCGCCGGACUCUGGCCUUCCGUGGAGGCGGUGGCGGGGGUCUCAGUAACAAUGGCAGCGGCGGCAGCGCGGAGGCCUCGGCGUGGCCCCCGAGGCACUUCAAUGGGCGGGGGACGGCGGACGAGGACCUCGAGCUGGAUGUGCUGGAGGGGAAAGAGUUGGUGCAGGACGGGGCGUCCCUGAGCGACAGCAGCGAGGACGAGGAGGAGGGGGCGAGUCUGGGCGACGGCAGCGGGGCGGAAGGCGGCAGCUGCAGCAGCAGCAGGCGGUCGGGAGGCGAUGGGGGGGAUGAGGCGGAGGGCAGCAGCGUGGGAGCCGGGGAAGGAGAGAGCGUCCAGCACUUCCCGCUGGCCCGGCCCAAGUCCCUCCUGCAGAAGCUGCACUGUUCUUUCCAAACCUCCUGGCUGAAGGAGUUUUCUUGGCUGCAGUAUUGCCAGGACACUGGCCUCAUGUCCUGCUCCUGGUGCCAAAAGACUCCCGAGGAUGGGGGCAGUGGGGACUUGCCCCUAGUGGGCCACGAUGAGCUUUCGAGGGGGACUCGUAACUACAAGAGAGCCCUCCUCCUCAGGCACCAUCUCUCCGCCGAGCACAGACUUCACGAAUCCAACACGCAGGAAUCAGAAGGAGUACCAUCAGAAUCAACUAAUGAAGAGGGAUACUGUGAUUAUAACAGUCGGCCAAACGAGAACUCUUACUGUUAUCAACUUCUUCAAGAACUGAAUGAGCAGAGAAAGAAAGGCAUUCUUUGUGAUGUUGACAUUGUGGUGAGCGGACGAGUUUUCAGAGCUCACAAGAAUCUGGUUGCAGGCAGCCGUUAUUUCAAGACUCUAUAUUGCUUUACAAACAAAGAAAACCUUCCAAACAAAGAAAACCGUAACCAAACCACUGUUACCCAUUUAGAUGUUGCUGCAGUUCAAGGUUUUUCAGUCAUCUUGGACUUCUUGUAUUCUGGUAAUCUGGUGCUUACUAGCCAAAAUGCCAUUGAAGUAAUGUCAGUGGCCAGCUAUCUUCAGAUGACUGAAGUUGUUCAAUCUUGCCGCAAUUUUAUUAAAGAUGCCUUAAAUAUAAGCAUAAAAUCAGAAGCUCCAGAAUCUGUAGUUGUGGACUAUAACCGGAGAUCUAUUAGUAGAGAUGGUCUGCCUUCAUCAAGGGAUCAGAAGGUUGCCAGAUUUUGGGCAACUCGAAAUCUUACGAAUUUGGCAAGUAGUAUAAAAAGUGAAAAUGAUGGUUGCAGUAUUGAUGAGGGCCAAAUAGAAAACUACCAAAUGAAUGACUGUAGUUGGGUCCAGGACAGUUCACCUGAAACUGCUGAGAGUGAAUCCCAAGGUCAGUCAAAAGUGUUUGUUUGGAAUGAUAUGGGAUCACAGGGAGUACAAGAAACUGGCAAAGCAAGGAGAAAAAACCAAACUACAAAAAGAUUUAUUUAUAAUAUACCACCUAAUAAUGAAGAGAACUUAGAAGAUUGCUCAGUGAUGCAGACAUCUGCUUCUUACCAAGAAGAGGAUUUGCAAUUUAUUAAGGAAGAGCCAGAUUUGGAUGGUGCUCUACUUUCAGGGCCAGACUGUGAUAGGAACAUGAAUUCAGGUUUGCUGGCUGAAGCUAACUCAAGUCAAGACGGAGGCGAUGCUGGUCCUUCAAAUGAUUUCAAGUAUGGAUUGUUGCCGGGUACUUCAAAUGAUUUCAAGUAUGGAUUGUUGCCGGGUACUUCAAAUGAUUUCAAGUAUGGAUUGUUGCCGGGUACUUCAAAUGAUUUCAAGUAUGGAUUGUUGCCGGAAUCUUGGCCAAAACAAGAAACCUGGGAAAAUGGUGAAUCAUCUAUAAUCAUGAACAAGUUAAAAUGCCCUCAUUGCAACUAUGUAGCCAAAUACAGACGAACACUAAAAAGACACUUGCUCAUUCAUACAGGAGUGAGAUCAUUUAGCUGUGAUAUCUGUGGGAAAUUGUUUACUCGAAGAGAGCAUGUAAAAAGACAUUCCCUGGUGCAUAAAAAGGAUAAAAAAUAUAAAUGUAUGGUGUGUAAGAAGAUAUUCAUGUUAGCAGCCAGUGUUGGAAUAAGACAUGGAUCUCGACGUUAUGGAGUGUGUGUAGAAUGUACAGAUAAAUCACAACCAGGAGGUCAAGAAGGUGUAGACCAGGUGCAGGACACAGAUUUCACUAGAGAUGAAGAGUAUGAGGAGAAUGAAGCAGGAGAAGCUGACGAAGAGUUGGUUGAUGAUGGAGAAGAACAGACUGAUCCAUCUCGAUGGGACGAAUCGGGGGAUGUUUGUAUGUCACUAGAUGAUUAACUGACCUAGCGUACUCCUCAAGGAUGCUGCAGUGGGACAUAAUAUGAAUUGACAAUUUGAAUUUUUGAACUGAAGGCUUGCAAAAUAUGGUACAUGCUGGAUGGUAGUUAUGUUGCUGUGAAAACUGUAGGGUCAAAGCCUUAUAGCAAAAAAUAUUACUAAAUUUUUAUAUUUGCACAGGACUGUACAGCAAACAACCUUUUGGUUGAAUUAUACAGAGUACUCACAUCUCCAAUCAGUUAUCAAAGUAAAAAUAUUUUUUAUUAUUUAUAGGAUAUACAGUAGCUAUUUGAGUCAUAUUAAAAGCAUAGUAACUGUCCUCGUAGUGUUUUUACAUUCAUGUGUUACUUGUUACCAUGAAUGGGGAAAAAUUUUAUGGAAGUACAGAAGUAGCUUCCUCAAACCCAAUCACACUGUCAUCAAACCACUCAGGCUAGUUUGUGCUAGUGGAGUUUUGUUUCUAUUUUUUAUUUUUAAACAAAUUUUUUUAAAAGAAAAGGUAAUACAGAUUUUCUGUGAGGGGCUCUAGUCCCCCAGUGGUUCAACUUUUUUCAGUUGUCCAAUUUCAAUUGCUUCAUAAUUUAAAACAAUUCUUUUUUGGUAUUGAUAUUAUGGUUUCCCAGCUCUUUGUUCCUGUGUGUCCCUUUACAAGAACUGGAGAGGUUAUUUAUUGGAAUGAGCUAACUGACUCCCCCUUUCCCUUCCUCCCUUCAGGCAGUUUAAAUUGCAAAAACUUCACUACUUCAUGAGAUGUGGAAUGAUGUUGCUGAAGUUAACUUUAUUUUCCAAUGAAGUUGACAAAAUACCACUAAAACGAUUGAUUAUAAGUAACUUUCUCCUGCUGCUUUAGUUUUAAUUUGAUAAAUGGUUACUAUAUGACGUUUUCAUACAUGUCCGUCUAGUUUCCGGUAUCUGUUACCUUGGCACUGUUUGUUAGCUACCCUUUUCCCACCUCCCUUUCUUUCUCCCUCCUGUACUACCCUUAUUGUCUGGCCAGUGUAUAUACCUCAGUCCUCUAUAAAAGGCAUAAAUUUCUAAUAGAGAGUCAUAGAAUUAUUAAGCCACAUGAUUUGUUUUAUAAUUUAUCCUGCGUGUCCAAUUUGGUUAGUUUGUUAUGCAGUAUAAGUCAAACAUCAGGUUAUUUUUACUUCCUGUGCCCUUUUUCAUCAUUAAAAUUAACACAACAAAUUGCUUUCUUCUUUUUUUUUUUGUUUCACAUUUUCUGGGCCAUUGAGUGUUUUUAGAAUUAUGGUAAAUGAUUGAUUUUUAACUUAGUUCUCAGUACCUUUUUUAAAAGAAAAAGAUACUUGCUAUUAUAUUUAUUUCUGCUAGUAACUAAUUCACAUAAUCGGUGCCUGUUUCAGCGUACUACAGUUUAGGGGCGCUUGCGGAGCAUGAAAAUUUGAAAUUGGCUCUUUUUAAAAAAAAAACCAUUAAUAUAUUUCCAAAUUUAUUGUGCUAUACUUUCUAUUUAAGGUUCUUUGGGAUAGAAAAGGGUACUGUAUUAUUAAGUUAAACUUAUCAACAUAAUGUUGCUUAGUGGCAAAUGAAUUAACUGAUCAUUGGACACCAAGAACAUUUGACAUGAUGGAUUAACAUGCCACAAUAUUAAUAUGCACAGCAUUUACCAGUAACACUUAGCUAGGCCAGUGUGAUAGUACUGUACAAGAAUAAGAAGGUCACCAUAUUUUCAGCUUUGUUUUAAGUAUAAAAUGACUAUUUUCCUAUUUUAUAAUAUCAGGUAACUAAAUUAUGCUAGUUGUGUGGAAAAGUUUUGAAGUAUGCUUUGACAGACAUAAUCUGUCAUAAUCUUUUGGUGCUCCAUCUGAUCAAAGUUGAUAUGUAUUUUAAGAGGCAAGUUUUAUCAUUGUCCCUUAUUUCGGUAGAAUGAUGGUUUAAUGUUAGAUACUGAUGUUUCUGUUGGAUGAAACUGAGAUAAACUACAGUUAUAUGGUUAUUAAAAUGCGUCUUUUUCACCUAAUUGUUUCAUUGGUAGCUACUGCAUCACUGUAUACCUGACAAAUGGCUAGAUUUUGAUUUGAUUUUUAUUUUAAUCUGAAGCAUACAUCCUAUUCUCAUUGUUCUAGACUGAAAUGAGUAAUGUGUAAUUUUGGUGGGGUCCAAAGUAGAAAUUAGUAGGGCAAAGAUAAUAUGAAUGAAAAAGUAUUUUAAACGUAAAUGUUCUGCUUUGUGAAUAUGUAAGUAUAGUAUAAAGAUUUUUCCAUCCCAUUUAUCUCCCCUUAAAGAAAAACCAUAGUUUACAAUUGGUAGAUCUGUCUAUAUAUAUAAAUAUAUAUAUAUAUAUAUAUAUUAAAAAGAAAGCUCUAUAUCUGAAAAUCACCUAAAUCUGCUUUAUUAGACUACAGCUCACUUACUGCAUAGAAACUGGACCUGGCUUUUCAUUCUUAAUGUACUUUAACUUUUUUCUCAAGGUAUGAACUUAUUCUCUUGAAACGGAAUCUUCUUUUACUACUUAAAUCAUUUAUGUAUAUCUGGUAAAUUAUGACCAAAUUUGUUGUUAGAUUGCAUACAGUAAAUUGAAAUAUACACUUGGUACACUACAGAAUUGUUGUGCUUUUGUUUUGGUUAUAAUUUGAAAGCGAGGUUUAAUAUAGAUGGCUUGUUACUGAUAAUUUAAAAUAUUUUAUAAUUGAUUGUCCACUGCCAUUUCUGUUAUGACAGAUUGGCUUUAUUCUUGGUCAAGUGACAUUUGAUACUUUUAAUAUUUGUUUUCAGAAGGGUAAUCCAAAGGAAAAGUGUUUAUAUUCCUGAAUAUAUUAGCUACAGCCUAUAAAAGUUAUUUCUUAAGAGUAAUAAUUUUACAACAGAAAUUGAAUUGACAGAUUUUUCUACUUGCUGACUGCCUAACUUAUUUUAUCUCCUGAUCUUGGAGGGGCCGCUUUUCCCUUUCUAGGUCUUAUUUUUUAAAUCACUUAGUACUAAGUUAUACUACUGGAGGAUCUGACUUGCAGUGCAAUUUAAGGAAGUUGUUUUUGUUGGAAAAUUCUAAAAUCUUCUUUCUCAGUCCUUAAGGCAAUACCAGUGGAAUAGUAAUUUUUAUGUUUGUUAAGGAGCUACUGCCAAAAUUGGAAGGUUUACAUUUCUUGAAAUAAAAAGAAAAUAACUUAAUGGAGUGAAGAGCAUAAAGCAUUGUCAUAUAUCCAUUCCAUAGGAAGUGGAUGCCCACACAGUAUCUGCUAAAAUUAAGACCAGGUGUUAAGGUUUUUAAUUCACAAAAGGAUUACUUCUACUUUGGUCUUAUAUUAUUGUAGCCACCAGUCAUCAUUAUUAUUUGCCAAUUAUUAUGCUAUUUUUCCAUAUCUAGUCCUAUUUUAAGUUUAAAAUGGAAUGCCUUUGUAGGAAGGGGAAACUGAAGAAAGAAAGGAAGUUUGAAAUUCUGGGAAAUAUCUAAUGGUCAUUGGUAACUAAGGGAGAGACUAGGAAUGAGCCCAGGAAGAAUGAAAGGAUAGAUUUGAGAAUGGGAAUAGAAGAACAGAAAAUUAAGAAUAAGGGGGAAAUGUUAUGCACUGUGAAAUUAGUUUCUAUUAAUGAAGUUUUUGGAGGACCUGAAUAGAGCAGCAGAGGUGUGUGAUGAGUUACAAGAGAGAAAUACACAUCUUUAAGGCUUAUGUAAAUUACACCCAAUUAAAAAAAUAAAUUGUAAGCGCAGUUUUAAAGAGAUUUCCAAUGAUGUAUGCUUGGCAGUUAUUUAAAAGUUUAAUAUGUUAUAAAAUUAUAUAUUAAAGACAA